CCUGAGCUCUCCCCGACCGACAGUAUCAGACCGACCGCGUGAAUCAGUCUGCUGAAGCGACCUGCGACUGACUGCACCUGUCCGACUGCAUAGCCGCACGCUCGUGAUGGCUCCCAUCAGUACCCGCCUAUGCUCAAUCCGACAAUAACUCCUCGCGCUGCAUCCUAGCCCAUUUCUUCCGUCACGCCUAUCCACGCCCUGGUAUACCAGAGGCCUCCCUCGCCAUGUACCAGCACCCACGCCCUUCGCCGCGGUCCGCCUCGGCGGCCAACAGCCUCCAGACCAACCCCACACGAACCAACAACCAGCGGGAUCGCGAUUCCAUGUCCGAGCGCUCUUCUCCUCACUCAGACUUUGCUCCCUACAGCGAUCGCGGAACCGAAGACAGUGGCGAGAUGGUGGGCCGCGCCGACCAAGUGUCGGAGGCGGACCACAGACACAACCAGAAGGUGAACCAGGUUAUACAGAACUUCUUUACCAAAGCAGCCCUCACCAUCGUUUCCUCGAGAACGAUACUGCCCCAGAGCUUCAACAAAGAUGGAAAUCUGAGACAAAACAAAUGGUUCAACGUCGUUCUUGAUGAAUCCGAUCUUCUCACUCCACACCUCCAGGAGUGGAAGAUGAUGGAUGCAGUGGCCGGCCAGCACCCGUCACUCUGCAUCGAGAUCUACCUGGACACCCAAAAUCUGGGACACAAACAGUCGCUUGUCGUCCUUGACGAGCAAGGGAAGAGGUGGGACGUCGCUGAAGCAUUGAACUUGCCCGCCGAAUCGUCGUCACGGCCCCCGAGCCAGAUGGGCAAAUCCACACAGCUUGUGUUGGAGCGCUGGAAGAUCCAUAUUGGUGACAAGCACGCAGUGCAUCCCUCCGACCUAAGCGAUCCGCUACCAAACGUGUACAAGAAAGCCGUAGUCUUGUUCCGGUCGCUCUACGCCUAUCUCCGCUUCAUACCUGCCUUCAAAUAUUACAAGAGCAUCGCGAAACAACCAGCCAAUCAUCCAUCAUUGAAGUUGAAUUUUCGCAUAGCGAACGGCGACUUCAAGAGCCCACGCCCAGAUACACUUAGCAUCCCACUUUACCCAUCAACGGAGAGCGUUACCGAGACCCAAGUAUUUGCGCCGUCCAACUCACCUGUCGGACCCUUGUGCAUAUCCGUCCAAUACCGCACAAACUGCGAAUUUAGUGUCGAAGAUUCAGAGUCGUUAUUGAGCUCGCACUUUCUAGGUUUAGACAAUACGUACCUGGAACAUUCGAACCGGGAAGUUCAGCCCGUCCCGGGCUCUCUCCCUGUCAACAAGCUGCACCCUCGGGACACUCCAGACUUGGGACAGGCCUACGGUAGUAUGUCGACCUUCCACCAAGUUGUCCCUCCGACGGGCACCAGCCCGAUGUCUGCUCUGCGUGCUGUACGAGACAUGCCCUCGUCAUCACCGACCGAAUCGCCCCCAUCAAAGCUGCCUCCUAAUCACCGCACGGCACAAGGGUCAAGGUCGUCCCUUCGUUCGAAUGAGGUACCUUCCUAUCAAAGACGGACGUCUGUGUCGUUCCAACCUUUCAAGGCCGGCUCAUUGUCAUCUUCUCCCGCUCCUGCUUCGCAUAUGCCCGCAUCACCAGGAAGUUCCGCUGGCAGCAGACCAAGCAGUUCCUUGGCCCGAGGAGCUGCCCCUAAUCCUUUAACACAGCCUCGCAACCGCACCUCGUUGACUGCUCUUCCACAAACUGCGCUCAGGCAACCAUCACUACCGAAUGAAACCGCGAUAGCAUCCUCAGCAUCCAGCUCUCCCAAGCCUGCGCCAAUUGCACGCUACAGCAGUAGCUUUGGUCACCGCAGGAGUCGGUUCUCGUCCGGAGGUGGCAGUAAGCUAGAGGAUGAUAAUCUUAGCAGUGGGAGAGGAAGUGUGGCUUCUUCGCAACAGCGCGGCUCUGGUGACCUGAACGAAGGCGAAGGAGCUAGCUCAGGGUCCGUCAAGACAGACGAUGAGAACAUCUCCGACUUCUUGAAGCUUCUGGAACAAAAGAAAGACCUCAAGAGCUUUAGCAAACCUGAUACUGCUACGCGAGAUGCGUCAAUGCGCAAGACCACCGCUCAGCUCUCCAAAUAUCAGCGCAUGCGCGAGCCAUACAAUACUCUGUCGGACUCUGUCUCUUCGUCCAUGAUGCUCCAUCGAUCGUCCUCAUCCUCCAGCCGUCAGCUCUCUAGCGUACCGCCUAUGGUUGCAGGCACUUCUUUCUCUACUGCAUCCUCACCAGGAAAGCCCAUCUCACCGCAUACGCCCCAUACCCCUGCAAUUCCAUCUCGACUGAGCGCAAAUAGUAUCAUUGAGUACGAGCCGCGCCGUAGCCGUAGUCGGCCCGGGCACCCAUCACGUGGUCAAGAUCCUGUUGACGUGCAAGAGAGGACCGAAGGCGAUGAAGGCACAAACGCCAUCGAUAUCCCUACCUCACCUCGACCCUGGAACCACCCUCGCAGAUCUAGCUCUGCAGCCCAACAGCAGCGUGCUAUGGAAGACGAACCUGAUUUCUUCGGCUUACGAUCCGCCAGCGUUCCAGUUGACGAAUCUGAUCGCGAGCGUGAUCUGGACCGUGUGCUGGCGCCUGACCUCACACCGAGUGAGCUCUUUGCACAGACAGAACUCCUUACGAGCGAAAGUCACGAUCCACCUGCACCGGGUACGCGGGAUGAGCUUCCUCGACCCGUGUCAGCUUCCGAUCUACCGGCAAAGCGGGGCACCUACUCUGGGAGCAGUCGAGGUCGUGGUAGCUAUUCUUCGCAUCUGUCUUCGGGUAAUUUGGCCACAGGGGCAACGAGCUCCACCGAACGCCAAAGUCGCUACAAUUUUGCUAGCCGCAACGUGCCCAACGAUGACGACGAGCCAUUGCUGUUCCAGAUGAGUGAGAUCGGCGCCGGCUCAAGACGGAGCCUCGAAGAGACAAGAGGCGGGUCAGGUGCAGGCAGCGGAGGCAGGCGCGGCUCGCCAUGGCUCCGUUGAACCUAUUCUGUUCCAUCACGCACAAACCGUCUGCAGAUCACAUCACAUUGAUCGUUUCAUGUCUGAACGGCCCGGCUUGUUGGCGUUGCGCGGCGACUCGGGAUUUCCGUCUCUUUUCAUCUAUUGUUUCUCGUCCCUGCUCCGCUGAGCUGAGCUUUCUAUUCUAUAACACCAUCGUGAGCGAGCGACUUAUACGGAUGUCUUUGCUGCAUCUGUUAGCCAUCUUUU